CCUUUUAUAAUCAUCGUAUACGUCGAAAAUUUCUUUUUGAGUACCAUCAUUUAGAAGACUUUCCUUUGUAGUGAAAUACUGAAAUCUCUUAGUAUAUAUCAUUCGUAAAGUCCUCCAUAAAUUUUAUCUAUAGAAGAGACGCGUCUAGACGUGUCAGAAAUAGCUCGGUGCAGCUGCGCGUUUCUCUGGGGAAAAGAUAAAUAAACGCAUCGAGACGCGUUUAGAAAAAGUACAUCUUAACGCGUCUAAUGUUUUUCCUAUAAGAAAACGCGCCAGGACGCACCAGAUUUGGUCACGUAUAGACGCAUUUUGUUUCAGAAAGAGACGAAACAUUUUCAGACGCGCUUAAACGCGUGUGAAAACUGUUCAUCGAAAAAGACGCGUUAGAACGCGUCUUUUCGAAAUCAAACGCGUUCCUUCAGACGCAUUCGACGGACAUGGGUAGUUUUGUCACAUGUACAAUUUUGUCUUGAUGUCGAAACCGGUCCAAAUAAUUAAAUAAACUUGUAAAUGAAUCAUAGGACGAGUAACAUAUUGAAAACUUAAAGUUCAAUGAUCUUUCUUGAACGGUAUCAAUCAUUUCUACUGUAAAAGGUAUAAACAAUAAGGAUAUUUAUAUGGUAAAUAACCGACUUUAAUGAACUAUGCACUUUGCCUUCUUAGAUGUAUCAGCCAUAUCGUAUACCCAUUAAUGCAGAUUCAAAAAGUAUCUAUUUCCCUGAACAAGGGUCUAGAAUGCUCAGAACUAAUGCAUGGUCAUCAAAGAAAGAUUUAUCAGCGGACGGACAGCUCAGCUCUUUCUUCAGGUUAUUUUCACUUCAACUGGUGCUUUUUCUCUGGCAUGUUGUAACUUAUUUACUUUAGAGCACCAAAAUUUAAAUAUCUCAUGAUCGGAUGGAUUAUUGGACUCUCAUGCUGUCUUUUAGCAUUAAUUCCCAUUCUAGCUAUUUGGUUAACACAGAGUAAGUGACCACCGAUCAUAAUCAGUGCAUAGGAAUGCAGUAGUUACAUCAGGCAAUUUUUUACAUAUAAAUCGAAUCUUUUUCCUAGUGUCGUGUGUAUCACGACCUAAUUUGCUUAAUUAAUACUCAAUCAUAUUCGUCUUUUUGAUUAGAAAAUACAUCAAACAAUGAUACAAUGGUAAGUUAAACUAUUUAUUAUGAAUAACUUCUUAAUACAAAGAGCCGUCAUAAAUGCCUCUCAAUUAUACUAUGCGACAAGCAAAAUAUUUCUCUUGUCAUAUUCUGGAAUCAUUUCAGGAUGGACAAACAACAUCAUCAAUGUCAAUCAUUAGUUUAACAUCGAAUGUAACAGAUUGUGGUAUAAAUUAUUGUCAAGAAGAUAUUUAUUUGACGAACAAUGUAACACUUACGUCAUUAACAAUCACGUUCACAGUACAGAAAACGGUCAGUGCAACAUAUAAUAACUAUUUCACAACGUAUACUUCUUCAUCCAUAAAUAAAACCUACAUCGACAAUGGUAAGCAAAUUAUAUAUACAUUUAUACUUAUCACCGGUCAAGUAAUUACACCAAGCGACAGUAAACAAUCCGAAGUUCAGUUUCUGUUGAACGGUGUAAAUCAACCAACAAGUGGUGAUACAUACUCUGUCACAGCCAUAGGAAAUGUAACAUCACCGACAAUUGAUGAUGGAAUCUGUACGAAUGGAAAAUGGAACACGAACGGUAUUACUAAAGCCGGAAGCAAUCGGUCGGGUUCUUCAUUGAAUCAAUUCUAUUUUCCAUCAACGUUUUUUAUGGACAAUGAUUCAAGUAUCUAUGUUGCGGAUACAUUCAAUCAUCGAAUAGUCAAAUGGAUGCUUGAUGAUUCAGCUAGUCAGACAAUCAUUGUCGGUAUGAAAGGAAGUGGCAAUCAUACCGAUCAACUCAGUUAUGUUCAUCGUGUUGUCAUCGACAAACAAGGUACCAUGUAUAUUUGUGAUCGUGGUAACAGACGUGUACUACGAUGGUUUAAGAAUGAAAAUUAUGGUGAAACAAUUCUUUCGAAUGUUUCAUGUUGGGGAAUGGCAUUGGAUAACGAUGGAUUAUUGUAUAUUGUGGAUCCCAGUGAGAAUUCUCAUAUUUUAAAAUGGCCUGAAGGUAAGAUAGUCGCUGGUGGUAAUGGACAAGGAAAAGCUUUGAAUCAACUUCUGUAUCCCUAUGAAAUAUUUAUCGAUCGACAUAAAUCAAUAUUCAUCGCCGAUGGAGGCAAUCAUCGAAUAGUCAAAUGGCCGAUUGGUGCUACCGAAGGUAUUCUUGUUGCUGGAGGCAAUGGAAUGGGUAAAGAUCUCCAUCAGUUACAUCAGCCCAUGGGAGUAUUAGUCGAUCAGAUGGAAACAGUGUACAUCGCUGAAUAUGGCAAUCAUCGAAUAACGCGUUGGUUCAAAAAUAGUAAAUCGGGUGAUAUCAUAGUCGGUAAACGAGGUGAAGGCCAUGCAUCUGAUCAAUUACGAAAUCCGACCGAUUUGACAUUCGAUCGACAUGGAAAUUUAUGGGUAGCCGAUUAUUUCAAUCAUCGUAUACAGAUGUUUGAAUUCGAUAAGAGUUCAUGUAGUUCGAGCAAAUUUUGA